UGCGGCUGUGAUUGGCAGCCCAUCGCACGCAAUUACUUUCCAUGUCGAUUAAUGAAGCUGGUGUGUUUAUCGAUUAAUCGGCCGCAGUGAAUUCCGAUUAGCCCACUCGUAUUUCUUCCAAUAUUAUCUCCCGAAUAUUUACCCAUACAAACACACACGGCGACCGCAUGUGGUGUCUAUGACACUUGGUCGCGGUGUGGGAGAUGUAAAUAAAGACGUGGUACAGUGCAUAAUGCGUAGUAUGGCACAGCGUGUAAUCAGAGUCUGCUGCUGUUUGAUGGUGUAAGCCUGUAAGGGAAUAUUCCCGUCUGCCAGUAUUUGACAUUCCCGGCUGGUGCGGGCAGUAAACGGCUGCUGCGGGCUUUGUGUUAGUGAGUGUACAUUCAGUUUGUCAGUUUUGCCGACAAACACUCAACGUUUUUACACGCGCGUCUGACAGCAAACAGCUGCGCGAUUUACCAUGCCCAAGGUAGCGGUGGUGGGGGCCGGUGUUAUCGGGCUCAGUGCGGCGGUCUGCAUUCAGAAGGAAUUGCCGGAUUGCCAGGUGACGGUGAUAUCGGAACAUGUUUACCCCAACAUAACCAGCGCCGGCCCGCCCGGCCUAUUCCGCCCGUACAACAUCACCUCGGACAUCCCGGCGGAUGCCGGCAAAUGGAUUGAAGCCUCGUGGAAGCAUUACGCCGAAUUAUCCGUCAGCGAUCAUGCCGCCCAGACCGGCAUCUUCCCGUUAAGCGGUUAUAUUUUAUCCAGCGAUGACCCCGAUCUACCGGCCGCCGCCCAAUACCGUGACCUCGUACCAAACUUCCGCCAGCUGUCCGGCGCCGAACUGGACCGCCACGGUGGUCCGUGGCGCUACGGCUCCUUCCACAGCACGCUGAUCGUCGAGCCCUCCCUAUACCUGCGCUACCUGACCAAACAGUUCCUGGAGAAGGGUGGCACCCUGGACAACCUGUCCUUAUUGCAUUUAAGCGGCUUAUCCGAGCACGACUACGACGUGGUGGUCAACUGCAGCGGUCUGGGCGCCCGCGCCCUGGUGGAGGACGAGACGGUUAUUCCGGUGCGCGGGCAACUGGUGCGGGUGGAUGCCCCGUGGGUGAAGGAGUUCUACAUGGCCGAGAGCAGCACGUACAUCUACCCUAACCGCGAGACGAUCGUGCUAGGUGGCACACGCCAACCGGAAGACUGGGAGACGGCCGUGCGACCGGAAGAGACGGUGGCUAUUAAGAAGCACUGCUGUGCGGUGGUUCCCUCAUUACAAGAUGCUCAUAUUGUGGAGGAAUGGGCUGGUCUGCGACCGUGGCGGCCCAGUAUCCGACUGGAGAACGACAGUCUUCCGCUGGAGUCCGACAGAUCUCUGGAAGUGGUACAUAAUUACGGGCACGGCGGCAACGGGAUCUCUCUGGCGUGGGGCUGUGCCGUGCACGCUACGCGGCUGGUACAGGAGCUGCUUGCCGUUAAAGAUUUGUAGGGCCACGCUAAAUGGUGGCUCCAAUUUGCUUUCUAUAACGGCGAAAUGGAAAUUUUAUUUUGUUUUUUUCGCCUACCUUCUCUGUAGUAAGUUUAUGGUAUCAUGGAAGUAAUGGAACCAAUAAAACUUACAAUUG